GAGAGAGCGAUGAAAGCAGCUCACUUUGGCAUAGGCUGGUUGUCUCUUUCAGCUGUUGCGGUGUUGGUAGUGGAGCUUUACGCAAUCCCAUUACCGUUCCCCAAGCCCAUCGAAAGAUUCGUUUCCCUCUCUCUCUCUCUCUCUCUCUCUCUCUCCCAAAUCGUCGCGAACACAGAAUUUUAUUCGCUUAAAAAUCUACUUCGAGUUUCCUGCUGAAAGCAAAGCAAGAAUGAGAGAUGAAGGAAACAGAAGAAAAUCAUGAAGGAGUGGAACGGAUUACAGACACCUUCUUCCACAUGUGGCUCCAGCGCCUUUUGAAUUGAAGAGUGAAUUUGGUUUUCGGGCGAAUUAGGGCUUUCUGAAUUUCGACUUAUUUGAUUUGUGUUCGGAAAGGGGAAGUAAUGGGUAACGUCAUAACUAGCGGGGCAAACGGCCGCCGGCGAAAUGGCAGCCGCCGGAGCCACCCGCCCCCGCCGCCUCCGCAACCACCGCAGCCCGAAAUUACUGCUAAUCGGUACGUUUUCGCCGCUGCUACCCCUUACCCUUCCCAAUACCCAAAUCCUAAUCCACCGUCCUACUACCAGUACCAAGGAUAUUACCCGCCGCCGCCUCCGGUGGUGCCGCUUCCGUUGCCGGCUCCUUAUGAUCAUCACCACCGUGGAGCGGUGGCGCCGCCUCACAUGGACCCUGCGCGUCCGAAUUGGGUUGGUGGUCGAUACCCUUGUGGAACUGCCGUCCCUCCUCCAGCCACUUGCAUCGAGCAUCAGAAAGCUGUUACCAUACGCAACGACGUUAAUAUUAAGAAGGAAACUUUGAGGAUCGAGCCAGAUGAGGAGAACCCCGGCCAGUUACUUGUUGCAUUCACUUUCGAUGCCACAGUUGCAGGAAGUGUCACUAUUAUUUUCUUCGCAAAAGAAGGUGAAGACUGUAACCUGACGCCAGUAGUGCAUGAAAGCUUAUAUAAACCAGUUAUAGUACAUUUCCAGCAAGGUCUGGGCCAGAAAUUUAAGCAACCAUCUGGAACAGGGAUAGAUUUCACCAUGUUGGAAGAUGCAGAGUCACUGAAGCAGGGUGAAUUGGAUGUGUACCCUCUAGCCGUGAAGGCAGAGGCAGCCAUGAUUAGCCAGAAUGGAUCUGAUGGAAAUCCUGAAUUUUCGAAUUCCCAGAUAACUCAGGCAGUGUUUGAGAAGGAGAAAGGAAAAUAUCAGGUGAGGGUGGUGAAGCAGAUCCUGUGGGUCAAUGGGAUGAGGUACGAGCUACAGGAGAUCUACGGGAUAGGGACAUCAGUUGAUGGUGACUUCGAUGGGAAUGACCCAGGAAAAGAAUGUGUUAUCUGCCUGUCGGAACCGCGUGAUACCACUGUGCUUCCUUGCAGACACAUGUGUAUGUGCAGUGGAUGCGCUAAGGAAUUGAGACUCCAAACAAAUCAGGCAUUCCAAACAAACCGCUGCCCGAUUUGCAGACAACAAGUUGAGAGGCUCUUGGAGAUAAAAGUCAACAAUGGGUCUGGUGAUUGAAGUUAGGUUGUGCUGCUGCCACCACUCCACUUUCCCUGGUUUUUAACAAUCCGACUGGAUAUAAUUCUUGGUGUGCAUCUUGCCUUGGAUUUUCUGGGUGAAGGCAUUGCACUGGAAAUGUUUGUGAGCUGCUGAUGCCUUCUGUAUGUAUCUGUGUGUUGUGGCAUUUCCUGUGAAUGUAAUGUUGAGUUAUGAUACUAAAUAUGUAAGCAUUAUAUGUUUGGUUUUGUGAAAAUGAUCAUUUAAGCUAAA